AAAUACGAUGGCGACUGCUCUAGCCAGAUCAUUCGCGGUCCGACGCCAGAUCGAGAAACUCUGACUCGUUUCGAAAAGUGAACAAGUGUCGAAAGGAUAUACAUAUUCGGAUUCCCAUUUCCGUGCCCCAUCAAACCGCAGAGGCACAACACGUGCCUGGUGCAACAUUUGUGAUUAAGUCGUUGGAACAAAGUGAAGUGCGGACACCAUGCGUGCUUUUGGAUUGAUGCUCUGCCUGGCCCUGCUCGUCUGCGCCCGUGCCCGUGCAGCUGUGACAGGACCCGAGGCCCGAUCAGGUGUCAGCCCCGGCCAGAAUCUCAACGGCCCAAACCAGCAGGUGGCCACGGCUGGCGUGGGGGUACUGGACUCGGUGCUGCGGGGCAAGAGCCGCCAGUCGCGCUGCGUGCGCUGCUACGAGGAUCGGGAUAGGGAUCGCUACUACGGCGGAUACUCCAGUCGAAUGGGCGACGAUCAGCGCACCAGCGCCUGGUACUACUCGGGCUACGAUGACCGCAGCACCACCAGAGAUCGGGACUAUGACAGAACCUACGAUCGCAGUCGCUACUACGACGAUCGCUACACGCCGCGCACCUACGAUCGCUACGAGGGCCGGGGCGGCUACGAGGGCCGGGGGGGCUACGACGACUACAGACGAGGCGGCAGCUCUGGCUACGGAUCAAGCUCUGGCUACGGCUCAAGCUCUGGCUCCUAUCCGGAUCGGGAGCGCGGCUAUGGCUACGGCUACGACAAUCGGGAACGCUACUAUCCAGACCGCUACAGCGAUAGCUCCUCCAGAGAUCGCUACUACGAUCGAUCGCGUUCUAGCUACGAUCGUUACGACCCGUAUGACCGCUACUACUCCAGGUAUGAUUUUCGCAACUAUCGCCCUUGGGAUGAGACCUACAGGGGUCAGUCGGGCUUCGACAAUUCGGGACGUGGCUAUUACUUUGCCACCGACGAGGAUGAUGGAGACAUGCGCACCCGCGGCAAUGGCAAUGGCAACGGCUACGCCUAUAGCCGGCCCCCUCAAUCGCCCUCCUCGCCCUGCGGCCGCUUGGCCGGAAAUUGUCCCUAUGGCGGAGGCUCCAAGGUCUCCUCCUCGGCGAUAGGCAGCGACAGCUCCCGCGGCGGAGGACAUACCAGUGUCCUGGGAUCAGAUGCUGGCAUCAAGCCCAAUGGCCAGGGCAGCUGGACCUAUCUGGGGGACCAGGACAAAUCCGAGGGCAGCGGCAGCAGCAGCGGAGGGGGCAAUGGAGGAGGGAAUGGCUCAUCGGGUAGCGCUAGCAUGAGCAGCGGCAGCAGUCGGGAUCGAGAAAGGGAACGGGAUCGGGACCGCGAUGCACAGAGCUCUUCCUAUGGUGGCCGACCGCGUCCUCUAGGCGUCAGCUAUCUGCUCGAACGCGACUCGGGCAAUGCCGCAGACGCCUCCUCGGAUGGCCCAAGCGACCCGGCGAGUCCUGCCGGUGGUGGUGGUGGAAUUAAUGGUGAGGGAAUGCCCCUUCCCGCGGCCCAGACGGCCUCCGAGGGCAAUCCCGGCAAGACGGUGGACAAUGCAAGGCAAUAGCUCCGUUAGCGGAACCGAAACCAGAUCCUGCCCCGAUGCGAGCGGCCUGGUGGCUCCUGCUGGGAAUGGCAGCGCAAAGUGUAACCUACCUUCCGUAUUUAUGUGUACUUCGUAAGUCUCCAAAGAAACUAUUUAUGUGUGUGCGUGCACGCUUUGCUCAAAUAAACAAUCUCCAAAGAUCCUCAA